CCUCUCUUCUUCAAGGUUGCGGAAUCUCCAAAUUCUUUGUUGGUUGUAACGUUAACUGCGAUGAACGAGCUUGAGUUUGUAGAUUAAUUUUUGAAAAACCAAUUCCUGUUUCUGAUUUGUUAAAAUUUUACUAAUUCCAGAGGCGGUGAACCGAAAGAUUGUAUCUAUUUAUUGUAAAAUCAUUUCUAUCAAUGGAUAGUGCGUCUGCUUGUCCGCCUUGUCCCAGAAAAGCUUUAUUCCAAAAGCAGCGCGGUGUUACUUCCAAGCAUUCUCAAACACUAAGAAAAUCUGGAUAUGAAAAAAAUGAUAUUAUGAGCAACUACUCAAAAUUGCGAUUUGAAAAAGAAUUGACUAAGAAUUCAAAAGCCUUAGAUAAAGAGCUUCACUUGCAAAGACUCGAGCAACUCAGACUCCUAGCUGAAAAACUUAGAGAUGAUGCAUGGUUAUAUCCUGAUAUUGAAAGUAAUCUAGGAAUUUAAAUACACAGUCAACUGCAUCAUAGGAAAAGCCAUGUCCUCUUGUGAUCCUGUGGUGUUGAAUUAUGAAAACUGUUUGCUUAGGCAGUCUGAUGUUGAACUGUUAACCCCACCUAAUUGGCUUAAUGAUAACAUUAUUGCUUUCUGGUUUGAAUAUUUAGAAAAUGAAGUGUACAAAGAUCAUAAGAAGGUUUUAGGAUUUGUCUGUCCUCAGGUUGUUCAAUACUUGAAGUUUGGUCUUCCAGAAGAUGUCAAGUCUACUAUAGAAGGGCUUGAGUUGGAUACCAAGCAGUACAUUCUCUUCCCUGUGAAUGAUUGUCGAGCGCAAACUGUACCUGGGGGUACUCAUUGGAGUCUUCUUGCCUACAAUGCAUCAGAGAACUUAUUUGAGCAUUACGAUUCUUAUCCUGGAAGUUGCAACCUUCCUGUAGCAGAGAGCUUGGCGAAAGUCCUUGCCAUGUUUCUUCGGAAUUCAUUGAAGGGUGGACAUCCGCCUGUUAUACAAGAGAUGCCUUGCACUCAACAAGUGAAUACCUAUGAUUGUGGGAUGCACGUGAUCUGCAAUGCUGAAGGUCUAUGCAAGAAAUUCACCACCCAAGAUAAGAGGCCUUUGACAGAAAUAGUGCCUUCAAGUGUGGUUGCACGUUCUAGAGAAUCUCUGAAGGCAAUUAUUUAUUCUUUACGAAAAUAAAUGCUCUAAGACAAUCAAAUAUGUAAAGGGAAUUAUUGAACUUCAGUCAUAUUACAAGAUGUCUAUCAUUCAUGAAUUUUGAUUUAAGAGACGAGGAAACUUGAAAAGUCACAAUUAUUUUAAACCAUGAUGAGUUAUCUGUUUCAAGAGAUCAGGACUUGAAAUUUCCUUCUUUACUAUAUCUAAGAAAAAUAGACAUUCUUAACAAAUGUUAAUGUAUAAUUUUUUUAAAAACAUUUUUUUUUUUUUUUUUUUUUUUUUUGCACCUUAUGAGAUUUAUUCUGGUAUUUAUAUCUUAACUACAAUAUUUAAAUCUAGAAUAUACUUUAGUAUUUUUCUGGUUUCUUCAUUAUGAGGGCAUGCUCUGAAUUUCUAUUUCUUUAUCUUAUUUUGUUGACAGCAGCAGAUUUGAAAAUUUUAUAUGUGUUGUGCAUAGACUUUUCAAAUACUUUUUUGUACAGAUGGUUUAAAACCUGAAGUUUUCAUUUAUGGCAAACUUUUUUUUUGUGUGUGUUUAUCUUAAUUUUUUUUUUCUGAAUUAAGAAGCAUUUUAACUAAAUAAAGAAUUUUCAAAACUAUUUCUAAAUUAAAAUUUGGAUUUCAAAAUUAGUUUUGUUCCAAACAAAUUUUGUUAUGAUGUCAUUUUUCCUGGGGACUUGAUAAGUAAUAUGAGUUAAUAAUUUUUAUGUUGAGUAUAUGCUAAAUUUUUACUAUUUCACGAAACCAAAUAGAUUUUUUAAAAAGCAAAGUAGUUUCAUUGUAAUUUCCUGUGUAUUAUCCAUGGCAGCAUAUAAUCCGAAGGUGCUAAUUUUAGCACUGGGGGGAGGGGAGAUAAUUUGCCAUGGCAGAUUAUUAGUGAUGAUUUACAAGAUUUUUAUCAGAUAAUCUGCAAAAAAUUACAGUAAUUCAGAAGCAUCCAUCCAUUCCUUACUCUAAAUGCUUUUUAAAUCCUCAAUCAAGUUUUUGCAAUUCCUAGUGCGAUUUGAUAGUUACAUACAGUUUGGCAUUAUCUUGAUGAAAUAAGCUUCUUAACUAUGUACAAGAUUAAUAAAUUUCCUCUGUGAUGUCAUUUGAA